AGGGAGGACCAGGCAGGGGGAGAACCCGGGAAGCAAAACCAGUAGCAUCAGCAGCAGUAGCAGCAGACACCACCACAGCAGUAGCCAUAAGGACAGUAGCAGCAUUUGGUAAUAGCUUUAACAGCGACCGCGGCUGUAGCAGCCGCCCUUCUCUCUCCCUGUCGCGGACGCCCGCAGCCACUGCACAGAGCGAGCUCUGGGCGCCGCUCGAGCAGCCCGCUGGAGAGGUAGCCCCAGCCUGAGUGAGUGGUGGUACAGGCGAAGCUCUGAACCUAGGAGCAGCCGGAAAGCCACUGAGGCUCUGAGUUUCAGAGCCUGAGCCUGACAGUUCUGAAUCCAUCUAAUCCAUCUAGCGCGGCAGCGGCUGUGAAACCUGAGGGAGCCAGGGUGACAGGCGCGUCCACCUGGCGGGCCCAACGCACAUAGCUGAGGCACAGCAGGCAGCGUCGGCAGUAGCAGUAGCAAAGCAGCGGCGGCAGCCCAUCCUUGACUGCGGCCGCGCCAGCUCCAGAGCUCGGUGUCUGAGCCCGCCCGCAACGUGCGCCUCAGGAGUCGGCCUGUGAGUCUUCUACCUGUAAGCUACACAGAGAAAACAGAACUAAAGCUGUGCUGGUAUUACCUGUGUUUAAAAGGUGGGAGAAGAAAGACGAAAAAAGUGCAGGAGAAGAAAGUUGCUGUCUUGUUUCUGCCAAGUGGAAGUAAAAGUCCAGAUUUCCCAUUCAGCCUCCUUGACACCUGGAGAGCAGGGCUCAUUACUGCUGGGUUGGACAUCAUUUGGAUUUGGAAUGAAACAAUAAGAGAUUAGAUUCAUGGAUGACCAACAAGAUAAAGCUAUUGCUGCCUCAGCCAAUGGAGAAAACACUCUGAUUAAUGAUAUCAAAGAAAAUGACUCAGAGGACCAAGAUGUGGCAAUGAAGUCAUUUGCAGCUCUAGAAGCAGCUGCACCAAUCCAGCCUAUACCAGUAGUACAAAAAGAGACCCUGAUGUUUCCCAGGGGUCUCCUGCCUCUGCCUUCUAAGAAGCCCUGCAUGCAGAACCCUCCAUCGCCUUUGGGCCUGGUUGAAGUACCUGAGCAUGCUGCCAACAGUGAUUCUGUGAAUGCCAUUUCCCUCACAUCUGGUGUUGCAAAAGGCCUGAACACAUGGUCACUACCCAGUGAGUGUGAGAAAGCUCCAUUUGCCAUAAUGGAGCCUGCAGGCAUGUCAGCUCUGAAUGGAGACUGCCUUAUGCAGCCAAGCCGGACUUGCUUGGGCUGCUUCAUGGAAUCCAAGGAGGCAGUAGAUCCUGAGCCAGGGAUCAGUCUAAAAGUCAGUGAUCUAAAUAGAGAUUAUGAAACAUGUGCAGUCUCUGAUAUAGGGAUUCAGUGCAUCAGUGCUGGAGAAAACAUGAAAUAUGGGGAACAGCUGCUGUCAGAUCAGCUCCUGGGCUUCCCACUGCAUAAAUCAAGGGUAGGAGAUAGGCAGGAAGCUGAGAAACCUGACGUUGACUUGGAAGAUCCAGCUCAGAAAAGUUAUUAUGAGGCAUUACUGUUAGAUAAGUGCAAUACAGAAGAAACUUUGCUUGCAAAUUCAAAUCAGGAUUGGGGUUACUUUGAGACUUUCAUUAGUGAAAGUAAAAUUGAACUGCUUGACCUCUGUUCCAAGAAUGAGCUAUCUGUCAAUCUGUUCUCUGAAGAAGAUGUGGAUAACUACAUGUUUGAUGAUGAUGAGUCAACACUGGGCAGUGAUGUCUGCUCCCUGAAAAUUCGAUAUGAGUCCUUUCAGGACAAUGUUCGAGACAAAACCACCCUUCUAAUGCAGGAAGAUGCUCAAUUCAACUUUUUUCCCAGUGUAUUUUCCACCUGCCCCAAGAGGGAGUCUAAGAGUGGGGCCAUGAAGCAGAGCAGUGAUCUUUCCCUAUUCAAGGUCCCUGAUAUGAAUGUCAUCUGGGGGGAGGAAGAUAAAAACUUGGACAAGAAGAAAGGCAAAGAGGAAGAACAUGAAGACAAAAGUGUAGAGACAAAAGAUGGAAAGGAUAAUGGGGAAAAAACUGCCUUAAAUAAAUUAUGCAGUGAGAUUGAGGUAGGGCAAUUUAAGAACCCAAAGCAAGGCCAUCUUGCUAAUUCCUUAGAGACCUCUGAAAACUACAGUGAUGACAGUUCCUUCAUUGAAGUCUCAUAUGAUGCCAUGGGAGAGAUCAAGGAUUGUAGCCGCUACAUGGCUCGGGACACUAAUUCAAGCAGCUCCUCCUCCCAGCAGAACUAUGGGCUGAGAGCCAAGAGAAAAGUCAGAUACAGUGAAGAUUAUCUAUAUGAUGUUGACUCACUAGAGGGUGAAAAAGUGAAUGAGAGGAAGGAAUGGCUUCCAGGUGGUUCCAAAGAGGAAGAUGAUGAUGAAUGGUGCCCCAAAAAGAGAAGAAAAGUAACCCGUAAGGAACCCCCUGUUAUCAUCAAAUAUAUCAUCAUCAAUCGCUUUAAAGGUGAGAAGAACAUGCUGGUGAAGUUGGGUAAGGUGGAUGCUAGUGAGACAACAGUGAAUUUGAGUGAGAAUCAGCUCAACAAAUAUGCCAAGCUGGCACCUUUAAAGGGUGUCUGGCAGAAGAAGAAAAAGCAGAGAAACAGCCACACAGAAUCCAUCAAGACAACCUUAUGCCAAAAGCAAAGCUUUGAACCGGGUAGCUUUGAGGUGUCAUUUCUGCCACCUGCUCGUAAACGAAAAUCUAAACUUGGCAACAGGCACAGGAUUCAAAGAAUUGCAUCCAUGGAAACUUCAGUAAGUAGUAAGCAGAUUUCAUUCAGCAAUGAUCAAAGACAAGCUAGUGAUCGCAAAGAAGAUGGAGGCCUAAAAGGUACAAUGAAGCCAGCACCUCUAGCUAGCCCCAGCUGUGCAAAUGGAUCACACUUAAAUGACAUCACAAGCUUGGACUCAGUGAAAGUCAAAGCCCAAGAUACAGAGUUUAAGGGGCCAGAGAGGAAAGUGCUCAACAAAAUCAAAUUUAAAAGUGAAGCUAGGUUAAAAUCCAAGAAAAUUAAAACUGGGCAAGAAAGCAAGUCAGUAGUUCAAAUGAGCCCUUUCUUGGAAAGCCAGUCCUCCAAGGCUAAUUUUAAAAGUGAAGUUAUUUCAGAGACCUCAAACAGUUCUCAUCUGCCUGAAUUUCAUGAGGCAAAAGUUACUAAGAAUUCCACCUUCUUACCAACCACCUGUUCUUCUGAAAUGUCUCUAUCAUCUGAUAAUGUUGCUACUAACAUACCUGUUAUCCCUGGAGGAUAUCUUCAGACAUUGUUAGAUGCUUCUGACAUGUCAAACAAUACCAGUAUCUCAUACUUUACCCAUAAUUCUCCAGAGCAAAAUGAAGACAGCCUCACUCAGAGAGAAAAAUCAUUUGUUCCUCUCCAACCAGGUCAAGACUGUGUGCUGUCCUCAUCCUCAGACUCUGAGCUACAGAAGUCAUCUCAUAACUUCAAGAUGGAAUCCAGCAACUAUGAAAAUGUGUGGCCCAACAAGGUUACUUCUGGCCCUCAGGAAUUCAUGGCUGAAGUGUCACAGGAGAUAGUCCCAAAUCAAUCCAGUGAAUUUGAAGCCUCCCACAUAGGCUCCAUGGAGAAUAACCUCACAGCUGUAACAUACAGUCCAGUCUGCCUCAAUAAUGAGGGCAGUAGUUGCAACAAGGCUCUAUAUGCCUCUGCACAGGACAGCCAGCUUCCAUGUGAUGACUCUUAUCAAUUAUGUCACUUUAAUAAUGGAGAGAUCUGCUUUCCUUUCCAGCAGGGCCCAGUCAGUAUGAAUGAUAGUCGGCUCUUUAGCUUUGAUUCAAUGGCUCCACUCUCUGUCAGCUCAAGCAAUUAUUGCCCCUUAAACUUGAAGUCUUCUGAAAAGGAUGGUGAUGAUGAUAUCACUGAUGACUUCCUAGCCCACUGCAGCCCCAAGUUGGUAAUCCAGCAGAGCAUUGAUGAGAUAGCACCACUAAAGGAGUCCACUGACCUUCUGGAUAUCUCCAACUUCACUCCUGAUAAAUUCCGACACUCUUCCCCCUCAGAGAUGUCCCCACCUGACACUCCCAGUCUUUCCCCUCAGAUUACCAGAUGUGAAAGUACAAAGGCAGUAGGAACACUGAAAGGAUUCCAAGAGAGAGUACCAGGAUUAUUGGGCAGCAUGGAGAAAAUCAAGUGGGACUGUAGUACCCUUUCACAGCAGGUCCAAGUUGAUGAUGGAUUUACUUUAAAUAAACAUCAAUUUCAGUUCCAUAUGUUCAAUGAUGAGGAAUCUGUCAGCCUGCUCCAAAAAAACCCUUGCCUAUCAACAUUUAAUGAUUCAACUGGUCUAAUCAGUACGAACAACAAAGUGUCAAAAUCAAGAAAAAGAAGUUCACCCAGCAAGAGUGGGGCUAUGAAUCAAAGCUCUUCUCAAAAAAACACCAGGAAAAAGUCCCUGAAAGUCAACAACAAAGGAAUUGAAAAGCCACCUGGCAAAACCUCCCGCCAGAUCCCUAAGUCAACAAAGAAAGGGAAAUAUAUGGCUUCCAUCUCUGGAGAGAAAAUGCAAAUUGGAUUUGGCUGUGGGGAAGGCCAAACUAACAGCAUAUCCUCCACUGGAAAGACAUUGGUCGAAUGCAUGCAACAUGGUGGCCCAGUCACUUCUAUGAAAUUGCCAAGUCACAAGGGACUUUCUGGAGAUUGGGCUUUGGGAAAAGACAGCAGCUCAGGCUGGAGUGAUAUGAGCAUGGGCACUAACACCAACAACCUCCUGGAUGAUGAUCAACGGGAAUUUCAGGAGCCUUCCUACAUCUUGUCCAACAUUGCCUCUGGUAUGGCAGAUGUGCAGAGAUUCAUGAUGGCUUCCAUAGAGCCCCUUUGGGAACCCGUUGGGCACCAUGGAGACCCCAACAUAGUCUACUCCUCAGAGUCCAACAGUCUAAAAUUAAAAACCCUCAAAAUAUUGGCUGGAACACCACAGGAGUCUAAGAAAAAGGUCAACAGUGGGUUCCCAGGAGCCACUAAGAAUCACAGGUCAAUCAAGGGUGUGAGCAAAAGCAAUGGGAAAGCAACAAUAGGUGAUCUUGGUGGCACAGACAUGCCAGGUUAUAAUGAGGACAAUUGCUCUGCCUUCUUUGAUAAAAAGUAUAGUAACGUGAGCACUUUAGGCAAUAAUGGACCAACACACAAAAAAUUAUAUCGUCACAAAUCCAGCUCCAAGGUCCUAAGAGAUGAGAAAUGUAAGGGAAAGUGCAUGGAGAGAGAACAGGUCCACAAGGAUGAGUCUGGGACAGCUUCUUUCGAAAAACUGAGGUAAUACUACACCAAAAUGGCUGAGAUGAUGCACCCUUAUCUUUCCUACUACCUGCUGAGCCUACAAUUCCUCAUUUUUUCCUUCUCAAAAGCAAAAGUUUGCAUGAAAGAAAGUGUACUUCUUUUUCAAAUUAAAAAGAAACAAAGUGCAUAAAAAUCCCUGUAUUUUUAAGCCACUCAAAAGGUUGUGAAAUUUUUUCCUGACUUGGCCAGGGAUAAGCUAUAACAAUGCUACUUUUUUCUUCUACUAGUCAGCAUAAAUUUCUACUUAUUAAGAAAGUAGAACUAAAAUGUGCUCUUGAGUGAUUUUGGGAAGGGAAGGGCUUUGAAGUAAGACAGAUUUUGAACAACAGAAUUAAAAAGUCAUAUAGACAAAAAGUCAAGAUCAUUUAUAAACAAAAAGAGCAUUAGCUGGAAAACUAAACGUCCACACGUGGCAAUUAGGAGUGCUUUCUACUGCCUCCUGCUAUCUGUAUCUGUUUUCUGCAUCAUACAGCAUCUAGUAUGAUCUUUAAAAAAUUAGAUUGUAUGAGCCCUUUGAGGGACAUACACUUAAACUAACUAAGAUGGCAUAAAUUGUUUGAUUUUUCUGCAGGGAUUCUGACUAUAAUCUCCUAAAAGCAGAAACAACAUUUUGGGUUUUACCUGUGUUUGAAGAAAAGACUUGCAUUUUCCAGAAAGACAUUUGAUGUUUGUGUUUAUUUUGUUUCAAAAUAUGCCUUGUGGUAUGUAUGUUAACAUGUAAGUGCUUAAAGAAAAGAAUUUUAAAUUGUGGGAAUAAGUCUUUGAAAGUAAACUUUAAUCUGAUGUUAUAUGUAAAAGACUUAAAAAGUCAUACGGUUGCACAAGUAGUUUAUCACUAUGUAUCCACAAGGACAAAAUGGAAAACGUUGUGCCAAACUACAAACAAGUGACUGUAUUGUAUAUAUUUUUACUUCUAUAUCAAUAUUUGGUUGUGAGUAUUUGGGGAAGCUUGCCCCUCUUAAUUUGCUAGAAACAUUCCAGUGAUUCUUGCUAUUAAACACCCCCACUUAUGUGGAUAGCACUUGUAGAUCACAGUGAAAAAAUAUGUUGUGUUACAUGAUUUACCAAAACUCAAAGGAUACUGUUUGAAAUGUGCCAAAUUUCAUUACCUUGUCUUAUGGAUUCACCCCACAGUUUAAAGCUCAUUAAUGAAUUUUAAAUACAUAUAUUAAGUAUAUAUAUAUACAUUUUUUAAAAGUUUUAAACACUACCAUCCUGUGGAAACAUGAACAGUUAAACAGGGCACAGUAAAGAUUUGUUUGUUCCAUUGUCUAAGGGUUAAAAUGUUGAAAAUGUCUGAAGGUCAUAAAACUAAGUCCAUCAUAGACCUGAGUAUAUGCAUUAAAGAGCCUUUUACAAGGAGACAAAACAGCUGCUUUGAAAGUUUGUUUUCUAAAAGCAAGAUCUGUAGCUGAAAAUUAUUUAAUGUGAAAAGUUAUAUUGCUGAUACUUUAUAUUUCAGUUUUUUAUAUUUUGUAAUAGUCUGGGAUAAAUAAUAAAAUAGCUAUAAAUUUGACACUAAUGAUAAAUGAAGUACAUAGAUUGCUUCUAUUUAAGAAUUUUCCUAAAUGUUUUAUUCCACUUUUGUAAAAACUGCACUCAUACUAUGGUUUUAGUGUUCUUUAAGUGUUUAAUUUUGCAAUGCCAAUGUCAUUUAAAGAAAAUGUUAAGGCAUCUCAGUUAAACCAAAUUUUUUUCUAUGAGUUAAAUACAUAUAAUAUCACAUAAGCUGAACAAUUUGUAGUAACAACUGAUUAAUUUAUUAAUCUGAGGAUGAAUAGUAUUUGAUAUUACACACUAAAUUUAAAUCUGAAUUUUUAAUAUAAAAUUUUAGUCAUUUUUAAUUCAGCUCCCACCUUUUUAAAAAAAUUUCACAACUUCAAACAUCCUUUACUACUAGCCUUUUCUUCCCCUUUAUUCACCACUCGACUUCUAACAUUUGAUGUCUUUUCCUUGCACAGUUGAAGGCCUAUGCAUCUGAUGACUGAUGCUUUAUGGCACAAAUGAGAUAAUGGGUGUGGAAGCACUUUGUAGAUCAUAAAGUGCUAUACAGAUAUAGGGGAUUAAUAUUAUUAAUGUUGUUGGUGGUUGUUGUUGUUACUAUUCUUACUAAUAUUGUUACUAACCUAUUAACUUGUGAAUAUACAGACUGGGGUGGGAGGGUGGAGAAUAAGUGGGUAGGGGAAAGGGGCUUAAUAAAAAAGGGAAGAUGUUUCAAAAGGAAAAUUUUAAACAAAAUAUGAAACUACCUAGUCAUUUCCACCUAAAUAUAUUCACAGAGAAGCAACAUUUUUGAAAGUAGUCAGAGAGAAAUGGGAGGAAACCUGUCACAUAUAUAAAUAGACACACUUCCCAGCCCAUGAUUCCUUUCACCAGCCAGCUUUCCUACUUACAUCUAGAUAGUAAAAUGAACAAGCCUAUAUUCUUGAUUGUGUGUUUUCUCAGCAUCAAUCUCUUGUGUCUGUGGGGACAAGUGGGUAAGGAUCUGUUUGUAAGGCUAGUUCAGAUCCAUUCUUAUGCUCUGUGUGCAAUGAGCCCUGGAAAAUUACCUAGUGAAAAGGCACCAGAUGAAACAUGUCUCCCACUCUACAGCUGCCAUCCAAAAGGGAAAAUAAUCAAAUUGAAACACUUUCUUCUAUUUCUCUACUCUUGUAGCUAGCUAUUUGUACUAAAUAUUGUGGAUAGUUACUAGGAACUUGUCUUUGUUUUGUUUUUGUUCUGUUUUGCAGCUGAAUUUUGGCUUGAAAUCACCAUCUAAGCUUAUAUUGUGAUCUCCAAGAUUCCAGGCCUCAAAGUCACAUACAGGGAUAGAGUGCUUUCUAUGUAAUCAAAAGGUGGCAAUUAAAGACGAAAUAAGGAAAAUAUUCCAUGAGUACAAUAUGUUUUAUAAAAAUAAAUAUGGGAAAAGUUGUCCCAGGUUUUUAAAAGUAUCAUUUCAGCUUUGGAGAAUAGGGUGACAACAGAGUAGAAUAGCGUGAAACCUUUAGAAACAAUUUCCUUGUCAGAACUUGCUAUCAAGAGUCCUUUGGAGUAGAUAUUCUUUUCAGUUGCUCCUAUGGAGCCCAUUAAGGGCCAAUUCUAGGACAUGGAUCAUCCCUUUUCCAAAGAUUUGCCAUAAAAUAUAUAUAUAUAUAUAUAUAUAUAUAUAUAUAUAUAUUUUUUUUUUUUUUUUUGGUA